AUGCUUGAGGGAACUAAUGCUGCAUCAUUACUCGCCAAUUUUAAAGGUGUAUCAGCUCGUUUUACCGUAGAUCUUCUCUGCUUUGAGGAGAGAUUGCGACAGAACUACGCGGCCCUAGCGCGGCUUCGGCGGCGCCACCUAGCAUACUUUAUUCUUGCACUUGCAAUGCUGAUAAGCGUCGUCCUAUGGUACUUCUACUUCCGUGCAUUCGCCACGCGGGUGGCUGCUUUCGGAUUAACAAGCGUCAACAGCGCGUCCGACUCCACUUCGUCUUUGAUUUUACGGACCGCAGAUUGGAUUGUGAGUGGCAUCGCUGUUGUCGCGCUGAUCAUUAUAGCAAUUUUAGUAUAUCUCCGCUAUUGGAGUGUAUCUAUUUCUAGUGCGCGUAAGUUUGAGCGUCAGCUGCAAAAAAGUCUCACAGACUAUGGGAUGGCCCUGCGGGAGGAUGGAGCCGGAUCUCGAAAGUCUGUCGCAGGCUCUACAGCAUGGGGGCCACGGCUUGUCUUUUCUGCAGAAACAGCUGCGCCCAAGUGGCGCGAGGCGUGGGACCUUUAUCGCGAAGAAGCGUUUCGCCGUCGUUUCGUCUCCACGGAUAAGGCCAGAUAG